AUGGGACCAGCAGGCAGUGGCAAGUCCACCUAUUGUAGCAACAUACAACAAUAUUGUGAAGAACUGAGGCGAACUGUCCAUGUUGUAAACCUUGACCCUGCUGCUGAACACUUUGAUUAUUCAGUUUUAGUUGAUAUUCGUGAAUUGAUCAACAUAGAAGAUGUAAUGGAAGAUCCAGAUUUGAAGUUUGGUCCCAAUGGAGGUCUUGUAUUUUGUAUGGAGUACUUAGCACAAAACAUGGACUGGCUUCAUGAACAACUGGAUGACAUUGAAGAUGAUUAUAUAUUGUUUGAUUGUCCUGGACAAAUUGAACUUUACACCCAUAUUCCUGUGAUGCGUCAAAUUGUGGAUACACUUCGUAACUGGAACUUUAACUUGUGUGCUAUAUUUACUGUUGAUUCACAGUUCAUGAUUGAGGCUUCUAAGUUUGUGAGUGGAGUUUUGUCAGCCCUGUCCACAAUGAUUACUCUUGAAAUACCACAUGUAAAUGUCAUGACUAAAAUUGAUCUUCUUAGUAAGAAAGCAAAAAAAGAAUUAGACAGAUACUUGGAACCAAAUAUGUCAACAUUACUAGCUGAUGAGUUCAACAAUAUGAAACAUGGAUCCAAAUUUCAUAAGUUGAAUGCAUUAAUGGCUCAAAUGGUUGACGAUUAUGGUCUAGUUACAUUUAUGCCCUUAGACAUCAGUGAAGAAGAUAAUGAUAGCCUCAAUGACAUUUUACUCCAAGUGGAUAUGGCUAUUCAGUAUGGAGAGGACCUUGAGCCAAAAGAACCCAGGGAUAUACCAGAUGACAAUGAUGAAGGGUUUGGUUGA